CCACUUGUCCAAAAUCUCUCUCAAUCUCUCUCACAUAUUCGCUGCGAUGCUGAGAUCAUCAACCGUCCGAUUCCUCCGAUCGAAUCAUGUGUGAUUCUUUCUUCUUCUGUUUUCCUUCCAAAUCCAAGUUAAAGUGCGAAAACGAUCCACAAAAACCUCUGUUGAUCCUCAAGGACGACGAUUAUGAUGCCGCCGUCCAAUUACACAAUCCGACGACGGCAAUGGCUUUGUUUCUGAGAUCGUGGCUGAACGGUCGUCGGUUAAGCCGCAAGCGUUGUCGGUUGAAAUCAGGUCCUCCGUGUGAUGUAGAAGGCGGAGGACAGGUGGUGGUGGAAGUGAAUCUGUUGGAGAGGUAUCUUGAUGAUCAAUUAGGUCUUGCUCUUGAAUUUACUUGUGAAUUUGAUAGUGGUGAUGAUGAAACUGAUGAUUUUUAUAGUAACAGGAGUAAUUUGUUGUGUUAAUUUUUGGGGAAAACUUGUAAAUACUUUUUUUGA